AUGGAUGGCACUGACGCACCGCGAGUCAUGUCGGAUGAGGACCUGACGUCAUCGAAGCGUUCCUCCAACGCAUUUCGCCCACAGCACUCGACGGAAGACAGCCCCGCGCCUCGAAAGCUCCCACACGUGCUGCUCUCGCCGCUCAAAGCUCAAGGGUCUCAGGACUUCGACAAGAAGUAAUUCAAGCUGUGCCCAUGAAUGCGUAGUUCGAGAGGCUCAGGCAUCAUUGUCUUGUCUGGUCUCUCGGUGAUUGGCUCUUCUUGCAAGGUCUGUGCGGUCCAAGGGUGAUGACAGUGCCAGUCGCACAGGGAUAUCAAGCCUCAAGCAGAGUUUGGCCAUCGCGCUGGGUGACAAGGCGGCCGAGGGGUACUUAUCGGUGCCGCUGCGGCGAGAGGCAUUCAUACAGCGGUGGGCGACGAAAAGGAUACGCACACAAACAACCCGCGAGACGAAUGUCCGUGACGUGGUUGGUGUGUGUGGGCUUGUGUGUCUCUGUCCAAGGCUGACGAUGGAGGAGAACAUGAGUCAGCAGGAGUGCGCGUGUCUGGUCAGCUUUGACUCAGCAUGAACUCAUGAGUCAGCAUGAACUCCAUUGAUCGGCUCCUCUCAUCUGUCUGCUGUUCAUGAGCAGUUCUUCUCCUUUAUCUUUCUGCUGUUCAUGAUCGCCGUAUACGUCUCGAGCGGAACAGACCAUGUGUAUCGCGUGCACGAGUCCCUGAGGUACAGAGACGAAGGCAGCAUAGAGAGAGGCGCUGGAUGCACCAUGUUUUCUCUCUCUCUUGUCUGGCACUUAGGGAGGCGUUUCACCUCGAUGUACGCAUGGGAAAGGAGACAACGGAAGAACACCGGCAUUUGGUUGCGGCCAUGCGUCCUGUUGUGUCUCCUGUUCGUCUGCCUGCGUGCCUGGAUACGCAUCUGCAGGACCUGGAUGACGUUCGGACGGUGGAUUCAGUCUGGGGGUUCAUCGCAAACCUGUCCAAGACUGAGUCCGAGUACAUACCCUCCUCCAGCCAGUUCUUCAUACACGACGCGACCACGGAGCUCAACGCGCUGCCCACAUCAGCCUUCUUCCCGCCGUCUCGCAACCUUCAAAACUACCCACUUGAAGUAAGCUGGCAGAAAGAGAACAACCAAAGCCACACUCGCUGAGUGAGAUUGAGUGGUCCCUGCCAUUAUUUCCUCUUUGCUCCGCACAGCUGUUUAAGACGUUCACGAUGACGGGUAACAAACACGCAACAAAACGAAAAUAUGUCUGCCGCUUCACUGUGCUGUUUGAGUUGUGUCUUUGCUUCAGCCUGGGUGAAGGUCAGCAUUGCGCACCGAGCACAUAUAGAUGUCGUAUGUGCAGGUGCUGUUGACUCACUUGGUGCAUUUCUUCAGACGACGUCUCCUCAGUUCACGGUCAUCGAAAAGAGACUGGAUCGCGACAUCGCCGGACUCGGCAGCACGUGCUGGCGCAUUGGCGUUGAUUGCGUCACAUACGGCGCACAUGAGGGCCGGCUCUUCGGGACAUUCGUUAGCUAACACGAUAGAGACACACAUUCUUCCAGACCUACACAGACAGUCUGACAGGUGACAUAUUAUGCAGGUGACAGACGUGGCUCAAGACCUUUUGAUGAAGGCUUGGGCUCCAGCAAGGACCACGUCCUUCUCGCGAGGGAUAGACGACUCAAGCUGUCCGCGCGGCAAGGACCCCGACUUCACUCAAACAAGAGAAUCGAUGAAGGCCGAAGCCGAAGCCGAAGCUCAGCUGAACGAUCUCAGUGGAAGUACGCUGGACAAUGCGACUGUGGUUGACGGGGAGUGGCACCUAUACGCAGUGGUCGGCGACCUUCACGUCCAUGUCUCUAUGUCUCCGCACAUGCAUCAAUCUGUGUCUGCGUGCCUGGACGGUGUAGAUAGUCCGCAACACCACGGCUUCAUUUCUAGCGGGUGCCUGACCGAGAGACAAAACGAAACACCACAGACACGUAUUGCCUUUGUCUUGACUCUGCACAGACGGCGGGCUUAUAGAAUCGUUGCCAAACCCGACGCACCAGCGAACUAUCUGUCCAGGGCGUCGCACAGUACCUGUGUACCACCAAACACUUACCGAUGUAAGUAACAUCUGAUGGUGACAGGUGAGAAGUGUGCACAGAGUGCCUGUCCGCUUUUCUCAUCAGUGUGCCGAGGGUUCGUUCUACGUGGGUAGGGAGCAAGAAAGAGGGAUCGCGCGACGACGUAACGGUUUCUAUGGUCUUCGUAUUGGUUGAUUGAAGGCGACGAUCAGUUUUCUGGUCACUUAGCUGACGUGCGGAUCUUCCCGCGAGAGCUGACGAAGAGCGAGAUCCAAGACAUCAUCACAUGUUCGCUUUUCGUCAGGCAGAGAGACAGACCUUCGCACAAAUGUCUUGUGUCUUCUUCCCCUGUGUGUGUGCAGUCGGAGCCCCGCUGGACGAUCUCAUCAACGCGGGCGGCGCGUCCGCUACCGAUACCAUUAACCUAGCGCAGCAGAGGCUUGAUAAACUGGAGGAUACUGUCACAGCUUCGCUGGACCAAAAGCAGGAAACGUACCUCAAAAGCAUCAAGACGCUUCGAAACGACCUGGUUGGCAACCCGUUCGCCGCAUCCGCUGGCGGGAACGGGUCGGUCCGUUUGCUCACGCCUCUGGACACCCGGUCCUUACAAGGUAGCGCCCUGACCGAGAAUGACACGGCGAGGUUUCUGGAGCUAAUGGAUUCAUGCUACGACAACCCCAGGUACACACCUUUAUCAGGCAUAUAUCUCGACAUGGCGGCCAUCCAUCUGUCGUGUGCUGCGCUGCGCGUGUGUCCAUUUGUUCAGUUACCAUGACUUCAGUAAGCGAACUAGAAAGAGGGAGAGAGGACAGAGGGACGCAGGGGCGGCGAGGGCUACCGUUCAUCCGUGUGUGUGUGUGUUCGUGGGGGGUGUUGCUGCACAGUGCUUGAUGAUUGUCAGGUACAGAAAAUUCCUCCUCGCAAACAUGGUGCAUGGACAUUCCUCUCCACGCAUUGAUUGUCAGUGGUAUAGGACCAACGACAAAAGCUGCAGUCUCUACGUCGACAACGUCACAGUCGGUCAGUGUCCAAUCUCGUACUCACAGUGCGCUCUGCAAUUCAUGAGCAUCGCGUGGGACAUAUUCGACAUCGACGAUGACUUCUUUUGGAAUUUCACAGAAAUGAAAGCAUUCAUGGAACCGGUAAGGGUCAGUGCGACUGCGAUUGAAAGUAAGUGAGCUCUUUGUAUCUGCAGAUAGAUCCGACCUUUGAUGAAUACAGCUUCGCUUUCAUUCGUCUGGCAUUGGACGUUUCGACUAACAAGAUACCCUUUGAAGCGGUGCAGACCCCACAUGAGCUGCUAGAUCUCUGGUACACAUCCUAUCAAAGCCUCCUGAGAGAUCCAGCAGCUCCCCUCCUCGGCCAGUCUUCAACUGACUAUAUGACUAAAAUACAGGGGAUUGACGACCCGAUUGGUAUGCCGGUAGCAGGCUCGACGCUUAA